CUUGUCUCUCCUGCGCCAUGGAACCAAGAGCAAAGCAAGAAAGCCAACGACCCAACUCCAUCCAGCCCGUGAAAGGGGCUGCGUCACUCACUCAGAGGCACGGCACGUAACCCUCCUCCCUCCCAACCAUGAUAAUACCCGCACCCAACACCGCGAAUCCGUCCACCAUCCCACACUCAUUCGGGCAGCUACUGAAUCCGGUCCCCAAUGCCGGCGCAUGUGUCGCGCGGCACUGCCGAUCUUUUCGGCACCCUCACAUCCGCGGUGGCUUGCGCUAAAGACCGAGCCCGCCGCCCCAGCACACAUCGAGGCAUAGGACAACCUUCCAUCGACCGACCACACGGCGCACGUCCAGUCGAGGACCCGCCCCGGUCCUUGAAAGCCACCUCCACACGUGAAAGAUAAACUGCAACCCUAUUGAUGAUGAGUACUGUGCAAUGGGCCACUGGGCAUACGGUACGUGCCCAUGGGGGAGGGGGCCCCCAGGAAGAAGGGGCGCAGCGGUCCGUCGGUAGCUGGACGGAAAUGAGGACUAUCCAGCGUCCACAUGCCUUUUGACGACGCAUCAUCACAAAACCUCUUCGGCGCCCUACCAACUGUUGGGAAGGCGGCGGAAGUUGCAUCUUUUUACCCCCUCCUUUCCCCGCCCGUGAACCCGUCAAGGUCUCACCCCCGGCAUCAUGGACGACAACUUCCGCCAGGACGCCAAGUCGGCCGCCGCCUUCAUCCCGGUCGAACUCGACCAGGAGCUCGGGCAGCCCUGGAAACCCGCCGGGGCGCCGUCGGCACGUCUGCAACGAAACCGCCUCAUCAGCCUGGCGAGGUCGUGGGUAUGGCCGCAGGCGAGACGGAGAGCGCCCUGUGUUCGGCCCACCGCGUACCUGGACGGCUUGCGAGGCUUUGCCGCCCUCAUCGUCUACUUCCACCACCACGAGCUCUGGGUUCACGACAGGCUCCAACAAAACGCCAUUCUCGAAAACGCCUUUGGCUAUGAGGGCAAGUUCUACUUUGCAGCCUUCCCGGGCAUCCGAAUCUUCUUCACGGGCGGGCACUUUGCCGUGUCGACCUUCUUCGUCCUGUCCGGCUACGUUCUCUCCAUCAAGCCGCUGCAGCUGAUCGAGGGCGGCGACAUGGUCGCGUUGGGGGACCACCUCGCCUCCGCCUUCUUCCGCCGCUGGCUGCGACUAUUCCUCCCCCUCAUGAUUGUCAUGUUCUUAUACGCAACCUCCUGGCACGUCUUUGGACCCCCGACCGACGGUGUCACCCCGCAAGCCACCUGGCGAGCCGAGAUGUGGACUCUAUACGCCGAGUUCAAGAACUUUUCCUUCUUCUUCCGAGACGGUGGGAUUCCGUGGCUUUCAUAUAGCUUUCAUCUAUGGUCCAUCCCGGUCGAGAUGAAGGGCUCGAUGGUUGUAUAUGCGUCCGCGCUGGCCCUGUCGCGGAGCACCGUGUCGGCCCGCCUCUGGUGCCAGCUGGCACUGAUCGGAUACUUCCUCUACAUCGCGGACGGGUGGUAUUGUGCCAUGUUUAUGGCGGGAAUGCUGCUGAGCAAUCUGGACCACCUGGCGAAAACGGACCGGCUGCCUCGACUUUUGGCCAAGCUUCGACCCUAUAAAACAUUCAUUUUCUAUCACCUCUUCGCCAUCAGCCUUUAUCUCGGCGGCAUUCCGUGCCAAAACCGCGAGGUAGAGCAGCUAGCCCGCAACCGCGGCUGGCACUAUCUCUCCUAUCUAAAGCCCCAAGCCGUCUUCGACUAUAAGUGGUUCUAUCUGUUCUGGGCGGCCAUCUUCCUCGUGUCAUCGGUGGCCCAUAUCCGCUGUCUUAGGCGAUUCUUCGAGACGCGCUUCUGUCAAUACCUUGGUCGGGUUUGCUAUGCCCUAUAUCUCGUCCACGGCCCGGUGCUAUGGACCGUGGGAGAUAGGCUCUAUCAGUCAAUCGGCCUGACCGCGCACGGCCAGGACUUUGCUCUGCCCUGGGCAAACAAGGUUGCGCUCCCCCAAGCCGGGCCCCUCGGGCUCGAAGCGUCUCUGCUCAUGGCGCAGGUCCUGCUGCUUCCACUGACCUUCUGCCUCGCGGACCUUGCCACCCGGGCAUUUGACACACCGAGCGUGCAGUUUGCGCAGUGGCUUUACCGGAGGACGCUUGCGGGCGAAUGCGGAAAGAGGAGCAAGUCGUGAUUACCAUCGUGCUAUAGAUACAUUUGCGUUUUUCUGGUGUCCGGGUGCAAGAGACGUUCUCUUUAAGGCAGUCGAAUAUAAAAGUCUCGUGGGAAUAUAGUGCGACU